CUGCUGGAGGGACAGUGACCCUUCAGGGAAGAGAAAUGAAGAAUGGUAGAAAACUUUUGGGAGAGGGAAGGUAGUUGGAAAUUGGGACAUUGUGCAGGGAAGGAAUGUUUCUCAUCAGGAGGAGGUGAGGAGCCAUUUGCAAAAUAUUUCAUUUGGAGCUUUUGACAGUUCACUCCCUCUGUAGCAGAAAAACUCAAGAUAAAUAUGUCAGAGGAAGUGAAACUCUGACGUUGACAAAGAUGCAAUUUCCGACUCCCCUGUGACCCCAUUGAGUCUUUGGGAAGCAACAGUGGGACAGGGCACGGAGAGGAGCCAGCAGGACAGGAAUCAGGAACUCCUGGUGAUCCGGGCACAUUCUUCUCCUUCAUGUUGCUGACCUGGGAAGAUCCACUUUAGGACAUGGAUCCCAAAGGAUAAAGAGCCACCAGGAAGCACUGCUGAUCUGCACAGACCCCCUUUGCCUGCUGCUGCCCCACACUGAACAGGGAACUGCAGAGGAGCUGCAUGGUCCACUCCUGGAUUCUCCAACCACUGACUCCCAUCUGCUCUGACCACAGCCAGGGGCUACAUCCCACUGCCUGCCCAGUGUCCAUCCAUGGAGGUGACCACCGUGUCCCCAUCUCCUGCCUCACCCACCAAAGGGAACAAUCUCUGUGACACAGAUGUCAGCAACGUGGCCAUUCACAGUGUGACACUGCUCAUCUGCCUCUGUGGGCUGGCUGGGAAUGGGGCUGUCCUCUGCCUUCUUAGCCUCGAAAGCCGUAACUCUGGCAUAUUUGACCUGGCUGUCGCUGACUUCCUCUUUCUUCUCUUCACAGUCCCCUCCACCCUCCUCUUUCUGAUGGAGGAUGUGUCCUGCUGUCCUAUCAUGCCCCUGAUGUACCUGAGCUUCCCUUUCCAGCUGUCAAUGGUCUCGUCCUACUGGACACUGUUCAAACUGGCAUUCCUCAACUUCAGGAAGGACAUGACCUACCUCAUCGAGCUCUGCUGCUGCUGCUUUCACCUUCCCGAGCGCCUGUGGUGGAUGGUGGACAGUGUCCAAGACUGGGCCUUUUUCUCUAUCUUCGCUGUCAUUCCCAUGGUGACAUCCCUGUGCCCAUCACAUGAACAGGAGCACUGCCAGGCAGCUCUCAUAUCCAUGUUCACAGCCAUCCUGCUCCUCUUUGUUGCCCCCAUGGUCAUUUUCCGCACAAUUGACAUCAUCAGGGCCAUGAGAGGCUCCAAGAAGCAGCAACCCAAGAGGCGAGACAUCAUUAUCUUCAUCAUUGUGGACUUCACUCUCCUCCUCGGCCUCUGCAAUUUCCUGCAGCACCUUGGCUACAUCCCUGUGUCCUCCCAGGUUGUUUUCCUGCUCACCUGCAUCCACAGCAGCAUCAAACCCUUCAUCUAUUUCCUGGCAGGGAAAUGCUGGAGUCCCUGCUCCAUGGGGUCCCUCCGGCUCUCCCUCCAGAGGGUCUUUGAGUAGCAGAAAGAAAAUAGUGCCCACAGAAAUUAUGCCCGCAGGAACACAGGGGUCUGUGCCUGUUGAUCCUUCCACU